AGUAUAAGUCAUUUGACAGACCAGCCAUGAGGCGACUAGGAUCUUUAGCCUCAUAUCCUGAUUGACAUCGCUCUCGACUAAGCGGAUCCUAGUUUGUCUGCUUGCAAAGAAAAGAAGAUGGGUCUCACACCGGUCCAUUUCUUCUCACAUGGCUCUACCAUGAUGUUGGGCGAGGAGAGCUCCUCGGCUGAUUACUGGCGCAAGUGUGGCGAUGAAGCACUGGCGCAUGGGAUCAAGGGUGUUGUGAUCAUGGGAGCACACUGGGACUGUUUCAACGACCAGAUCCAAGUCGCGACGAACCCGAACCCCGGCAAGAGCCCCGUGGCCUACGUCGACCCGGCGAAAUACGUCGACUACCUGCUCAACCCAGACCUGGCGACCUCGCAGCGGUGUAUCGAGCUGCUCGCGCGCGAGGGCUUCAACGUCAGCGGCAACGCGACCUUCGAAUGGAUCCACGACGUCUACCUGAUCCUGAUUCGGAUGUUCCCCGGCGGCUGCCCGCCCACGACGGUGAUCUCGCUGAACGCGCGCUACGACCCGCACUUCCACCUGAAGGUCGGCGCGGUGCUGCGCCCGCUCCGCCGCGAGAACUACCUGCUGAUCGGCACGGGCGGCGCCGUGCACAACCUGUACCGCAACCGCUGGGCGCCCAUGCUGCGCUUCCGCGACAACUUCGCCAUGGAGACGCCGCCCGAGGCCUGGGCGCUGGAGUUCCGCCAGGCCGUCGAGGACGUCCUCAUGAAGACCUCGGGCCCGCAGCUGCGCCGCGCGAUGACCCGCCUCAUGAAACAUCCGGAGUACCGCGAUGCGCAUGCCACCGAUGAUCACUUCAUGGCCGCCAUGUUUGUGGCCGGCGCGAUGGGCGACUGGGAGGAUGAGGGCAGCUCCGCGGUGCUGGGCGCCGAGACCUGGGAGUUGACCAAUAUGUGCAAUUCGCAGUUUACCUUGGGGGCGUGGCCGAUUAAGGUCUGAACCUUUGGGCAGGUUGGACGGAUUGUUUCUUUUUCGGGGAGACUUCGGAGUUGUCUUGGAGUUUCUUUAUAUUAAGUCUUUUUAUAGGCACAAGGCUAUGAGUACUACAAGCAUGUGUCUCUUCUGACCCUUGCUUGAGUUAUGCGCAUAAUUAGA